UGUUGCUGAUAGUAGAGACAGUUGAACUGCGCAGAGAGUUCAGCUCCAGUCGAAUCAGGAGCAAGGAGAGGGCAUAAAAGCGGAGCGAUCGCUCUCGGCUUUAUUAUGCUCAAUUUGACCACUAAUUGCCAGUCUAACCGCUCGGAUCCAUGGUGAAGAGAAAGAAGACACCGUCCGCUACAGAGGAGCACCAAAAUGGCAUGACACCGGGCUCCAGGGAGGGGAUCGGUGUCGAUGGGAGGAGGAAUCCGUCCAGAAAGCCCGACGGUUGCGACGAGGAGGAGAGCGGAGAGCAGGCGAGCGAAGAGCGCAGUACAAAGGGAGAGGACGGAGUGGAAAUUCUUAAUCCAUCAGCCACGGGUCUCAGCUCCGGUUCAGCCCCGGUCCUUCCUGUUUCUGCUCCGAACCGAACCGGACCAGGCUCGACCCAGCAGCCCCAGACUCCAGCGGAGCCCGGCCCGCCGGGCCCCGACCAGCAUCAUUUUCUCCGAUCCAGCGUUCGACCUCCGAGCAAGCGGAUACGGAAGGAUUCAAUCGGCUCGUCCAUCAAUGGACACGGCGGGGCAAAAUCGAAAGGAGCAGAGAAUGGCUCUUCUUCCCAGGGUGCGGUGGGUCAGUCGGGGCCUGUGGUCAGCUCCACUGGGGGGGUAUCCAAGACCUCCAAGGGCCAAGGGUCUACAGAGAAGGAAGAGCAAGCUGGCAACCAGAAGCGAGCCCGUCGGCAAUGGGAAUCCUGGAGUGCCGAGGACAAAAACAGCUUUUUUGAGGGGCUUUAUGAGCAUGGGAAAGAUUUUGAGGCCAUCCAGAACAACAUUGCAAUGAAGUACAAGAAGAGAGGCAAGCCAGCAAACAUGGUGAAGAACAAGGAGCAGGUCCGCCACUUCUACUACCGCACUUGGCACAAGAUCUCCAAACACAUCGACUUCGCUAACGUGUACUCCAGAGUGUUGAAGAAAUCUUCUCAAGAACUGUACGGCCUCAUCUGCUAUGCUGAGCUUCGCAAAAAAGUUGGAGGAUUGAUGGAUGAUAAGAAUGUGGCAAAGCUGAAUGAACUCAUCCAGCAAGGGGCCACCACCGUGCGCUCCAAAGGGAGGAACCUGCGUAUCAAAGCUCCUAUGUGCCGAGCACUGAAGAAACUUUGUGAUCCAGAUGGAGUGAGUGAUGAAGAGGACCAGAAGCCGGUGCGCCUGCCCUUGAAGGUGGCAGUGGAGCUCCAGCCACGCAGUAACCACUCCUGGGCCCGAGUUCAGAGUCUUGCCCACAACCCUCGCCUCAGGAUGGUGGUGGAGCUCCACAGGAAAGUCUCCAGCCUCAUUGAAUAUCUGAAACAGAAGUGGGCUUAUCACGACCAGCGGAUUCUUAAGAGUCUUAUGGAGAGGGAGACUCUAGAGGGCAACCAGACCAGCACAGCUUCUCCCAGCAUAACUCAGAAGGAAGAGCUUUUUCUUUUUCCAGCUGAAAGCUGCACUUUAACCAUGCUGCCUGGUGUAGCACGUGUGGUUCACUCCAAAGCCUCCUGCACUGUCCACUGGAUAGAAAGUGGCAAGAACCGGCCUAAUGCCAAGGAACUGCCAGCUGCCCAGAUCCUGGGCAUCCACACAGCUCCACCACCUCGAACUGGAAGUAAAUCUGGACGGGGAAGCGCUGCUGUUGCUUCAGUGACUGUAUCAGGUGAUUCUCGUCGGACUGAACCCCCUAACCACGAAUCAUCAGCAGACAGUUCUGCAAAGGUAGAAGAGAAGAGACCUCAAUCUCUCUUUGUCCCAGUUUCCUCUCAGCAGACUGUGACCAUCAGAGAAGAGGCAGAUGGGAUAGGAGCUUCUGAGCCAGGCAAGACUUGUACUGGCGUUGAGGUCGGUGGUGGCUUAGCUGUGACCAAAAGCAUGGACAAUUCAUGUAGUGGUGCAGAGGGUUCUGCUGAGCAGUGCAAAGAGGAGCAGAGCACCAGCGCCUCUUCCUCAGAGGCCAACCAGCCUCCUUCAGUCAAACCUCCAGUGACUAGCUCAGAGGAAGCCGUGUCACAAGCUUCCACACCAGCAGCCAAAGAACGGACUGUUGAUCAGAUCAGAGAGGAAGGCUGGAGCACCCGUGACGCAGAGAACGUCACACUAGCUGAGCUCUACCUGAUGUUUGGAAAGCCAGGCAAGCUGCAGCUGGAGUAUGAGUGGCAGCCAGUUGCAGCUCCUACCAGCAGCUCAGUAAAUGGACAAGCCUCAGUGCAGCCAAAGCCCGACAGGACAAAUCGAGUGUUGCGCUGCCUGCUCAAGCUGGUUACCACUGAGGUCAACCCUAAACCUCUGGCUCCAGAGCUGUGCUCCACGGCCACAUCGCCACUCAAGACGCAUCAGGAGGAGCAAAACCAGGUCCUCACACCUCCGGCGAAGGGUCCUGUAGCAGGCGUUCGCAGUCCAAGCUGUGGCCGGCAGCAGGCUUCUGUACGAAUGGCCAGGUUACAGCUGCCAAACACUGGAGGUGGGCGCAACCUUCCCCGCUCUCUGCUGGGGUCGACUGCGGUCGGUGACUCUGAAGGCAGUGUGUUUGCGGUACCCACCACGCUGCCACCCAACAGCUCGCGGCACAACAGAAUGUUCUCCCCCAACAAGGAGGCAGAGCUAGCCUUAAGACAGCAGCUCGACUCUAUCAGUAUGCAGUCAGAUCUCUUCCUUUCCAGACAGCGAAAACCUCGGAACAGACAACUUCGUAAACCACUUGUGGUUCAGCGAACACUGCUGCCCAGAACUACAGGAGAUACUCCUCAACAUGUCUGUUCCUUCUCCAUCCUCUCCAACUCCUCUGCCACAGGAACUGGAUCUUUCCGGCCAAUCCAAACCCGACUAGCUCCUUCCUCUCGCUCUGUCCAGACUAAAACACCCCCUGCAGCAUCUAGCUCUGCCAGCCAGCUCUCUAGUGCCAUUGACCUGGCAGCUAAGACUGCAGGCAUCAUCCCAGGCAGUCCCUGUCGGGAGGUAGAUUCUUCCACUGUGGAUAACAGCGCUCUGCUUGCUACCACACCCACUGCUGAUGCUGAGCCAGACUCCCAACUCCUCCAGCAAAAUGUCCCAGAGAACGGUGUACCUCCUCCAUCUCCUGGAGUGACCGGUGGUGGAGACUCACUCCUCUCUCCACCGAGCGUUGCCUCGCUUCUUGAUAUCUCACUCCCAGGCCCCCCUGAAGAGGCUCUAACCUCCGGAGAACCUCAAACACAGAUUAGUGACUCCAUCAUCGAGCUCGCCAUCAACUCUACACACUAUGGUGAGGAGGCCGCUCUCUCUCCAGCCAAGCUGGGCAACAGCGAUGGCUCCAAGCUGCUGGCCUCGUCUCCCUCGCUCAGCCCAUCCAGAGGCUGGAUCCCAUCACCCAGCCACGACCCCCAGUGGUACCCCAGCGACUCGUCUGACUCCACACUGGGAUGCCUCCUUUCCAGCAUGGUCUCUCCUGAUAAGGGCAGACGGACCACCCUAACCCCCACUGGCCCCUCCAGCGGCACAGCUUUGCUCGGGCCUAGCUUACUGGACUGCAAUUCCCAUGAUUCCUUUCAAUCCCGUGGCCUUCCUGAUGUGGCAGAAAUGGACUCUCAGCUUGCUUGUAUGAUGAGUGAGAGCAGCAUAGACUACAUUGCUCGCUUCAAUGAUCUGGCUCAGGAGCUCGCCGUGACCGAGCCCUCCAUCCCACCUCCCUGAGGAUGACUGGCUCCACCAAGCCACGGCCAUCUGUACCGCUAAUCUAGAACCAGUUCCACGCAUUUCCAUUGGAUACUGCUAGAAAUUCACAACGGAUUUGCAGGCUGCAGUUUAAGUUUUCAUACUGUGGAAAUUAUCCCAACUUUUACUAUGUCCAGUUCUCAGACCUGUUGAAGAGUGGGCUGGUUCUCAAAAGGCACCGAGGCAGAACCGAGGCACCAUGUUGGUGGUGACAAGAGCCACUGUGAGUGAGCAGAGGAGAGGUUUCUCCUCUUUACUUCUUGUUUGGAGAAAGAUAACUGGGGAGAAAGGCCAACCCCUCAAAGCCAUCCACACCCUGUUUGUAAAAGUGCAAUAAUACCAGUCGAGCGUGACUGUUGUUUAAAGUGAGUUGCGUUGGUUUCACUGAACUGUUCUUUUUCAGGAAGAAUUCCCUUUAAAUACAAAACACUUUAGAUAAACAAAUGAGUUUACAAAAUACAACCUCAUGUACAGGAAAAUACUAUGCCAUAUCUGAACAAAAUAUCUUUUUAUGUCUCUUCCUGCUCUCUGUGUGUGAGUGCAUGAAUGUAUCUGUGUGUAAGUGUGUCUUCUAGGCUCUAAGGUUGACCUCUCAAAAUGUGCAGUUCAGAUCACUAGCUGGCGGUAAACAGCCACUGGGCCGUCAUUUAUGAAAGUCAUGGCAGUGAGAAAAAGGUGCUUGGCAUAGUUCAGUAGCAAAAUUGGAGCAAAACAGAAAGUGGCAGGUAGAAGUUCUUUCUUUCCUGUUAUUGUUCUUUGGUUUUUCUCUUUUUAUUCCUCAUCUCUUGUGGGUUCAGUUUUUAUAGAUUGUGUUGUAGUCAUGCGCGUUUGGAUUCAGGUUGUUCAUUUCUCACACAAACAUUAAAAAAAUGGCAGCUUGUUGGUUGACUCCACUUGGUAGCUCUACAGAUGCUGAAAGUGUAUUGGCUUUUUGUUUUUUUACAUUUUUAUAAUUUUUUUUUUUUUUUAUGUCCACUGCCAGUUGUGUUCAGUUCUCAUUAGUUUUAUUGUGUGCAGAGAUGCACAUUCAAACAGGAAUAGCUUUUAGAUAUUUAAGCCCUUUUAAGACUUGUGGUGUUUGCUGAUUUUCUUGAUCUAGGUGACGGCAUCAGAAUAUUUUAGAAGGGUGGGCAAACUUCGCCAGAGUGUAAGAGUGCUUGUACCUAUAAAUGCCACAAGUCUGCGUGUAUGGCAGCAUAAUAUGCAAGUACUGAGACCCUCCAUCGGUGCGUUAUGUCUGAAUGAAGCCUUGAGGAACAUUCACAUAAAAAGUGACCUAUGACUUUCCCUGCUCCUCACACACAAGCUAUGAGAUGGAAAUCUCCCUCCUGGAUUGCAGACAGAGGAAGGUUUGAAUGACGGGAGAGGAGGAUCUCUGUGAGAUGCUCAGGAGACACGAGUGGCAGUAGUCUUAUGUGUGCCAGUCUGUUAAUCUGGCAUGCAUUCAGGCUUUUUCUGUUUUUUAAAGGUGGCACGUAAAUGUUACUAGGUUCGACCAGAUUACUCGUUCAGACGUGAAAAUGCCAGAUAAACAGCAAAGAGGACAUGUCUAGAAAGGGGUUAGAUUCUUCAUCUUUAUUUUUGGUCUCAUUUUUAAUAAUGUUGCCACAACAGGCAGGAGUCCCCUUGAAUGUCUAUAUCGACUACAACUAAAAAUAAAUAAUAAAUAGUAACGACUCAUUUACCUUCCUUAGCUUUCUUGUGUUCUUGCAGUUCUAAUUAGUUCAAAUAAAUAGCUGUCAUUUUGUUUGACAGACUUGAAUUACGAAUGUCCUGGGUACCAUUAAGUGUUCCCAGCAGUGAUACACUCCAUAAGCACGAGCAGUUAGAAGUAUUUAAUUUAAUGAAACACUAAAGCCAUCGUUGACUCCCCUUUUUUUUUAAAGUCUUGUCAUUUUUAAAAAAUAUUCCCCAAACAUUAAUUCCCCUUUGAUUAGUGGGUUAGUGAAACAAAACACUAUGCCUAAUGUCAGCAUGAUUGGCUGUUUUUAUUUGGAUAUUCAUAUUAAUUUCUCUUACUUUAUCCGUGCAGUGUGCGGUCUUCAGAGGAUACCCACAUGCUCUGUGCAGUCCGCACUCAUUGCCUUCACAUUUAAUUUGAUUAACCAGCAUCACCUCUAUGCAGUAGUGUGAACCCAUUUAAUUUGAUGUAACAGUGUAAACUGAGAGCUCGUCAUUCCACAAAUGCGACUGUAAAAUGUUUCCUCCUCGUUCCUUUGGUCGUUGGGGGGCUUUGAUCUAACAAAUGUAAAAUCUCUUGUGGUGUUAAAUUUGUGAAAGACUUCAUCUUUUCACACUAGAUUCUUAAUAAGGAAACAGCAGUUUUUGUCUUUGCAGUUUUAUUUUUCCUCUUGAAGGAUGUAUUUGUACAAAUGGAAAUUCCAGUAUUCACUGCGCUUUUGUAACAUAAUGUAAAUUAUUUGGACUAUUUAUUGUUAACAUUUGAGACGAGUGUUUUCUGUUUAACUUAAGGUGACAUCCAAGAAA